AUGUCUUCAAAUGGUAAUAAUAAAGCAAUAUCCACAGAUGAUCGUUUAAAACAAGCCUAUGAAAUAUUAUCACAACGUAAUAAUAAUCGUGCAUUAAGUUUAAAAGAUGCUGGUACUGUCAUACGUGCCGCUGGCUAUAGUCCAACCAAUGGCGAACUUAAAAAAGUGAUCGAUACAAAAUUAGGUACAACUUAUGCACAUCAAUUAUUUGAUUUGAAAACAAUUGAAGAUUUAUGUACUGGUUUAAAGAAACGUUCUGAACGAGAGGUUCAUGAUAGUUUACGUUGUUUUGAUUACGAACGUAACGGCUUUAUAUCUGCACAAGAAUUGAAAUAUUUUUUAAGUACACGCGGCGAAAAAUUAAGCGAAGAAGAAAUCGACGAAUUGCUACGCGAUAUGGAUAUUGAUCAACAAGGCAUGUUAUCUAUUGAACAAGCAUUAUCAUUAUUUUUUGUUGGUGAUUAUACAGAAUAA